AUGGGCAAAAAAGCUAGUCAUGAUAAGAGGAUAUCCUCGAAAGGUCUCCGUGGUGCAUUAGCACGUCAUCGAGCACAAGACUCAAUAAACCAAAAACUCACCAAGAAUGCACAAAUUGAGAAACAAACCCAAUUGAACAAGACGAAAUCAAUGAAAUCAAUGAAAUCGUCCAAACGAGUAAAGCAAACCACACAAGAAAAAAGUAGAGGGUACCUACCAUUUGAUGAAGAUGACACUGUAUUGCUUAUAGGCGAAGGAGACUUUACCUUUGCAAAAUCAUUAAUUGUGCAAAAUUUUGUCCCAGCUGAAAACUUGAUCGCUACAAGUUAUGAUUCACGUGAUGAGUUGAUUGCAAAGUAUCCAGAGGUUGACAAGACAUUGGAUGAGUUGGUCGAAGCAGAUGUCAAGGUUAUACAUAAUGUGGACGCGACUAAUCUUGUCAAGACCUUAAAUUUGACCUUGACUUCAAAACAGCGAAGAGCAGGCAAGACUAGAGUUGAUUUAUUUUCAAAGCAUGGUGUGAAAUUGAAUUAUAUCAUGUUUAAUUUCCCACAUACGGGGAAAGGGAUUAAGGAUCAGGAUAGGAAUAUCCGAGACCAUCAGGAACUUAUACUAGAGUACUUCAAGAACUGUGAUAAAGUGUUUGAUUUGGUCAAUGAGGCGCAAUUGAUCAACGAUGAUUUCGCAGGGUAUAAACUGGGUGCUAAUAUUAAUAACAAAUCGGAUAUAGAGAAAAACAGUAAUUUUGGAAAAAUAAUCUUGACUGUGUUUGAAGGAGAACCGUAUAAUUCAUGGGGGAUCAAGAUACUUGCCAAGAGUCAAGGUUACAAAGUGAUGAAACUGGGGAGAUUCGAUUGGCUGAUGUUUCCCGAGUAUCAUCACAAGAGAACAAACAGUACGAGAGACACAACAAAGCCAGCUGCAGAACGAGAUGCCAGAUUAUAUGUAUUUGAAAAGUCAACAACCACUCAUAACAAUGACACCAAAGGAAACAAAAAACGUAAUGAUUCCGAUGAUUCUGACGAUGAUGAUAGUUAG